CCCCGGGCCCCGCGGCGGGACAUUAUGCGUCCGAGCGGCCGAGCCCCAGCGCUCCUCCCGCAUCUCCUCCUCCGCCCGCGGCCCAAGCCGCGCAGCUCUCGGCAGGCGGCGGCGUUGCUCAGCCGAGCGCAGACGGGACCCUCCGGGCGACAUCUCAGCGACUCCUAAAAAAAAAAAAGUCCCCCAAAAGGGGGUCGGCGGCGGCCGGGUACCCGGGCUCCGCGCGCUCCUCGCCACCGCCGCUGGCCCGUGCCGAGCCGGCCGCAGGGAGGAGGAGGGGCUGGGGCUGCGGGAGGAGGGGUGAGGAGCACCAUGCAGUUUGUAUCCUGGGCCACACUACUAACGCUCCUGGUGAGGGACCUGGCCGAGAUGGGGAGUACACACGCCGCGGCCACCGUGCGCAAGGACAGGCUGCACCCCAGGCAAGCGAAGUUACUGGAGACCCUGGGCGAAUAUGAGAUCGCGUCUCCCGUGCGGGUGAACGCCCUCGGAGAAGCCUUUCCCACGAACGUGCACUUCAAAAGAAAGCGCCGGAGCCUUCGCUCUGACCCAGGGCCUGCCUCCGCCGCCGCCUCUACCUCUGCCGGGGCGCACUACCGCCUCUCCGCCUUCGGCCAGAAGUUUCUAUUUAAUCUCACCGCCCAUGCCGGAUUUAUCGCUCCACAGUUCACGGUCACUCUUCUCGGGGAGCCCGGGGCUAACCAGACCAAGUUUUAUUCCGAAGAAGAAGCGGAGCUCAGGCACUGUUUCUACAAAGGCCAUGUCAACACCAAAUCUGAGCACACGGCGGUCAUCAGCCUGUGCUCUGGAAUGCUGGGCACAUUCCGGUCCUAUGAUGGGGACUAUUUCAUUGAACCGCUGAUGUCCCUGGAUGAACAAGAGGAUGAGGAGGAAGAAAAGAAGCCUCACAUCAUUUACAGGCACCGUGUUCCGCGGAGGGAGCCCUCGGCCGGAAAGCGUGCCUGUGACACCCCAGAGCAUGACAGUCACUACAGCAAAGGCAAGAAGAAAACCCGAACCAGAGAGUGGGGGAAGAAAAGCCUGGCGGACGAGGUGGCGCUCUUACACAGCGACUUGUCCGUCAGGACAUUUUCCGACAAUGGCAACAAGACAGACAGCACCAGGGACAGGAGGACUCACAGGAGAACCAAACGUUUCCUGUCUUAUCCACGCUUUGUAGAAGUGAUGGUGAUGGCCGACUACAAGAUGGUUUUGUACCAUGGAGCAAACCUUCAACACUACAUUUUAACCUUAAUGUCCAUUGUAGCCUCUAUCUAUAAAGACCCAAGUAUUGGAAAUUUAAUCAAUAUUGUUAUUGUGAACUUAGUCGUGAUUCACAAUGAACAGGAAGGACCGUCCAUAACUUACAAUGCCCAGACGACAUUGAAAAGUUUCUGUCAGUGGCAACACUCGAAGAACCAAGCCGGCGGGGUCCAGCAUGACACAGCAGUUCUGGUAACGAGACAAGACAUCUGCCGAGCUCACGACAAGUGUGACACCCUGGGUCUGGCCGAGUUGGGAACCAUUUGCGACCCUUCCAGAAGCUGCUCCAUCAGUGAGGACAGUGGCCUGAGCACAGCGUUCACUGUGGCUCACGAGCUGGGCCACGUGUUUAACAUGCCUCAUGAUGACAACAGUAAAUGUAAGGGAGAGGGCGUGAAGAGCCCCCAGCACGUCAUGGCCCCGACCCUGAACUUCUACACCAAUCCCUGGAUGUGGUCACAGUGUAGUCGAAAGUACAUCACGGAGUUCUUAGAUACUGGCUACGGGGAGUGCUUGCUGAACGAGCCCGAGUCCAGAACGUACCCCUUGCCUUCCCAGCUGCCGGGCCUCCUUUACGAUGUGAACAAGCAGUGUGAGCUGAUUUUUGGACCCGGUUCUCAGGUGUGCCCAUACAUGAUGCAGUGCAGGCGGCUCUGGUGCAACAACGUGGACGGGGCACACAAGGGCUGCCGGACUCAGCACACGCCCUGGGCAGACGGGACCGAGUGUGAACCGGGAAAGCACUGCAAGUUUGGGUUUUGUGUUCCCAAAGAAAUGGAGGUCCCCGAGACUGACGGAUCCUGGGGGAGUUGGAGUCACUUUGGAACCUGCUCGAGAACCUGUGGAGGAGGAAUCAAAACAGCCAUCAGAGAAUGCAACAGACCAGAGCCAAAAAACGGUGGGAAGUACUGUGUAGGGCGGAGAAUGAAAUUUAAGUCCUGCAACACAGAGCCCUGUCUGAAGCAGAAGCGAGACUUCCGGGAAGAGCAGUGUGCCAGCUUUGAUGGCAAGCAUUUCAACAUCAAUGGUUUGCUGCCUACCGUGCGCUGGGUCCCCAAAUACAGUGGAAUUUUGAUGAAGGACCGGUGUAAGCUGUUCUGCAGAGUGGCGGGGAACACGGCCUACUACCAGCUGCGGGACAGAGUGAUCGAUGGGACUCCUUGUGGCCAGGACACAAACGACAUCUGUGUCCAAGGCCUUUGCCGGCAAGCUGGAUGUGAUCACAUUUUAAACUCCAAAGCCCGGAGAGAUAAAUGUGGGGUUUGUGGCGGUGACAACUCUUCUUGCAGAACAGUGGCAGGAACCUUUAACACGGUUCAUUACGGUUACAACACCGUCAUCCGGAUCCCAGCUGGCGCUACCAGCAUCGACGUGCGGCAGCACAGCUACUCGGGGAGGUCCGAGGAUGACAACUACUUAGCUUUGUCAAACAGUAGAGGUGAAUUCUUGCUAAAUGGAGACUUUGUUGUCUCAAUGUCCAAAAGGGAAAUCCGCGUGGGGAACGCUGUCAUUGAGUACAGUGGGUCCGACAACGUGGUGGAGAGGGUGAACUGCUCGGACCGCGUCGAGGAGGAGCUUGUGCUCCAGGUUCUGUCAGUGGGAAAGCUAUACAACCCGGACGUGCGCUACUCGUUCAAUAUUCCCAUCGAGGACAAGCCCCAGCACUUUUACUGGAACCGUCACGGGCCGUGGCAGCCGUGCAGCAGGCCCUGCCAAGGGGAGCGGAGACGCAAACCUGUUUGCACCAGGGAAUCUGACCAGCUUCCAGUCUCUGAUCAAAGAUGUGAGGGCCUGCCCCAGCCAGGACCCAUCACGGAACCCUGCGGCACAGACUGUGACCUGAGGUGGCAUGUCGCCAGCAGGAGUGAAUGCAGUGCCCAGUGUGGCUUGGGUUACCGCACGUUAGACAUCUACUGUGCCAAGUACAGCCGGCUGGAUGGGAAGACGGAAAGGGUUGACGAAAGUUUCUGUGGCAGUCAUCCCAAACCAAGCAACCAGGAGAAGUGCUCCGGAGAGUGCAGUCUGGGAGGAUGGCGCUACUCAGCCUGGACAGAGUGCUCCAGAAGCUGUGGUGGGGGCACUCAGCGAAGAAGGGCCGUCUGCGUCAACACCCGCAAUGACGUCCUCGAUGACAGCAAAUGCACGUAUCAGGAGAAAGUCACCGUGCAGAGGUGCAGUGAGUUCCCUUGUCCCCACUGGAAAUCGGGAGAGUGGUCGGAGUGCCUGGUCACCUGUGGAAAGGGACGGAAGCACCGCCAAGUCUGGUGUCAGUUCGGUGAAGAUCGAUUAAAUGAUAGGAUGUGUGACCCUGAGGCCAAGCCGAUGUCCAUGCAGGCGUGUCAGCAGCCGGAAUGUGCGUCCUGGCAGGCGGGUCCCUGGGGACAGUGCAGCGUCACCUGUGGGCACGGGUACCAGCUCAGAGCAGUGAAGUGCAUCAUCGGCCCCUACAUGUCUGUGGUCGAUGACAAUGACUGCAAUGCUGCCACCAGACCCACGGAUACCCAGGACUGUGACUUGCCAUCUUGUCACCCUGCUCUUUCACCCCCGGAGCCAAGGAGGAGUGUACACAGUGUGCCAAGAACGCAGUGGCGAUUUGGAUCUUGGACACCAUGCUCAGCUACUUGUGGGAAAGGUACCCGGAUGAGAUACGUCAGCUGCCGAGACGAGGAUGGCUCAGUGGCUGAUGAGAGUGCCUGUGCCAGCCUACCCAGACCCGUGGCAAAGGACGAAUGCUCAGUGACACCCUGUGGACAAUGGAAGGCUCUGGACUGGAGCUCGUGCUCUGUGACAUGCGGACAAGGUAGGGCCACCCGGCAAGUGGUAUGCGUCAACUACAAUGACCACGUGAUUGAUCAGAGUGAGUGUGAUCCGGACUAUGUCCCAGAAACCGAACAGGACUGUUCCAUGUCACCGUGCCCUCAACGGACUCCAAACAUGGGCUUAGCACAGCACUCUCUCCAAAACGAGGACUUCCGACCCCGGAGCCCCAACCCUAGCCGCACCCAUGUGCUUGGAGGAAACCAGUGGCGGACUGGUCCCUGGGGAGCAUGUUCUAGCACCUGUGCUGGCGGGUCCCAGAGGCGCGUGGUGGUGUGUCAGGAUGAAAACGGGUACACUGCCAGUGACUGCGUGGAGAGAAUCAAACCAGACGAGCAGAGAGCCUGUGAAUCCGGCCCUUGUCCCCAGUGGGCUUAUGGCAGCUGGGGAGAGUGUACCAAGCUGUGCGGUGGAGGCGUGAGGACACGACUGGUGGUGUGUCAGCGAGCUAGCGGUGAACGCUUCCCGGACCUGAGCUGCGAAGUUCUCGACAAACCUCCAGACCGGGAGCAGUGCAACACACGCGCCUGUCCGCCAGAUGCUGCCUGGAGUACUGGCCCUUGGAGCUCGUGUUCCGCCCCUUGUGGUCGAGGGCAUAAACAACGAAAUGUUUACUGCUUGGCAAAAGAUGGAAGCCAUUUAGAGAGUGAUUACUGUAAGCACCUUCCUAAGCCACACGGGCACAGGAAGUGCCGAGGAGGACGAUGUCCCAAGUGGAAGGCUGGCCCGUGGAGUCAGUGCUCUGUGACCUGCGGCCAAGGCGUGCAGCAGAGGCAUGUGGGCUGUCAGAUGGGACCCCACAGAACUGCCAGAGAGAGCGAGUGCAGCCCGUACGCCAGACCCGAGGCAGAGCGCGCCUGCCAGGCGUCCCCGUGUCCUCUCUACGCUUGGAGGGCAGAGCCGUGGCAAGAUUGCACCAAGACGUGUGGCGAAGGCUCCCGGUUCCGCCGGGUGCUGUGUGUGGCCGAGGACCAGGGCGAGGUGCGCAGCACGCACUGCGAUGCCAGCCUGCGGCCCUCGGACCGUGAGAGCUGCAGCAUGCGGCCCUGCGAGUAUGUCUGGAUCACCGGAGAAUGGUCGGAGUGCUCGAUGAGCUGUGGAAAGGGCUACAAACAAAGGCUGGUCUCCUGCAGCGAGGUUUAUAUGGGGAAGGAAAAUUACGAGUACAGCUACCAAACUACCAUGAACUGCCCUGGCACCCAGCCGCCCAGCAUCCACCCAUGCUACCUGAGGGACUGUCCAGUCCUGGCUACCUGGAGAGUUGGAAACUGGGGGAGUUGCUCUGUGUCCUGCGGCAUGGGAGUGAUGCAUAGAUCCGUACAGUGUUUGACCAACGAGGACCAGCCCAGCCACUUAUGUCCCACUGACCUGAAGCCAGAAGAGAGAAAACCCUGUCACAAUAUUUACAACUGUGAACUUCCCCAGAGCUGUAAGGAGGCAAAACGACUCAACGGCGCCCGUGAAGACGGAGAAUACUUCCUGACCGCCAGAGGGAAGCUCUUGAAGGUGUUCUGUGCGGGGAUGCAGUCUGACCAUCCAAAGGAGUACGUGACACUCGUUCAUGGUGACUCAGAGAACUUCUCUGAGGUUUAUGGGCACAGGUUGCACAACCCUACAGAGUGUCCCUAUAACGGGAGCCGACGUGAUGACUGCCAGUGUCGAAAGGAUUACACGGCCGCUGGGUUUUCCAGCUUCCAGAAGAUUCGCGUAGACCUGACUAGUAUGCAGAUAAUAACCACUGACUUACAGUUUGCAAGGACAACUGAAGGACAUCCUGUCCCUUUUGCCACCGCCGGGGACUGCUACAGUGCCGCCAAGUGCCCGCAGGGGCGUUUUAGCAUCAACCUUUAUGGGACUGGCCUCUCCUUGACCGAAUCUGCCAGGUGGAUCUCACAGGGGAACUACGCCGUCUCCGACAUCAAGAAAUCUCCGGAUGGUACCCGCGUGGUGGGGAAAUGUGGUGGUUACUGUGGGAAAUGCACUCCGUCCUCUGGUACUGGCCUGGAGGUGCGCGUUUUAUAGCGAAGGGGCUCUAAAGAAGCCAUUUAUGUAUGGGAUGGAUGAAGGAUCGUAAUGCAAUACCUCCACCUUAAAUUUGGAUGUAUGUGUGUAUGUGUGAGGACCUGGGUGCUUGCGUGUGUGAAUGUGUGUAUAGGUAUGUACAUAUGCAUGUAUAUAUGCAGGUUGAAUACCCCUAACCCAAAAUUCUGAGAUCUGAAAUGCUCCAAACACUGAAACUUUGUGAGUGUUGAUGUGACAUCUCAAGUGGAAAAUCUCACACCAUGGAAUUUCGUGCCGUGCACAUAAUUAUUUAAAGUCCUGUGCAAAAUGACCUUUAUGCCACAUGGAUAAAGGUGCACGUGAAACAUAAAUGCAUUUCAAUUUUAGAUUUAGGCCCCAUCCCCAAGAUCUCUCAUCAUGUGUCUGUGAAUAUUUCCAAGUCUGAAAACAUAUCCAAACCUUGAACACUUCCGGUCUGUAGCAUUUCAGAUAAGGGUUACUCAACCUGUGAGCUCUCCUAAUGAUGUAAAGUUUAAUAUUUAUGUCUGAAAUUAUUUAUUGUGAUGUAAUAUUUUUGUACGUAAAAUGGUUUUAUUGUGACUGCCUUUGCGUCAUGUGUCCCUUGCAGUCAGAUCACUGCAUUUUACGUGCUCUGCAUUAUACGUAGUACUACGACAAAAGUGACCAGCCCUUCGUUAUCACGGUACUAUUGUUUACUUUUUAUCUGUAAAUGUCUUACUGUUACCUGUUUUAUAAAAAAAAAACUGUAAAUUUUUUUUAAACAACCUAGCCAUCAAUGAGGUGCUAUGAGAGUCACAUAAGGGUGUUUUUGGCAGUUGUAGGAAAGGAUCAUUAGCCAAUCAAUGUUAGUGAUAUCACAGUUGUACCAAUUGUUAUAUUGUCUAUUCCGUUUCUUGUGAUCUCUGGGAAAAAAAAAUGCUGUCUUGGUGCUAAUAUUGUAUGUUUUUAAGUGGCCUUCAGAGUGAAAAUAUAAAUACUUUUAAUAAAAGGGAGUCACAGAAGGACAAUCUUCAAUGGACAGAGUCACCUGGCUAGAAUAAGACCAGCUAUUUAUUUACACAUGUUUUGGGCCAUCUUUCUGGAAUGAUAGCUGGGCUCUGCUCUCACUGUAACUGUUGCUAGGACACUUUACUCCAGUCCACGGUGCUUGGGACUCCCUGCAAUCAAAUGGAGGGUCCCCCAACAGCUUUGUUACAGAGCAACACUGGGAAAGAGAGAGAGGAUCUCCCACUGUUUUGCCAGGAUCUUCUCCAAUAACGCCCAAGUUUACCAGUAGCAGGGCACAAGGACGCCCAGCGUGGUGUGGCCUUCAGCACCCCUCAGCACAUCGGGAGCUCGGUAGCCCACUGUGAGCCAACGGAGAUCGCGGUUUGCAUGAAAACAUUGGCCAAUGAUAGGACUUGCUUUGGGCUGUGGGCCUAGUACCCUGCCGGCUCUCCCGCAGCCCUCAGCAUUUGUGUGGAAAAUGAACUCGAGAGUUUGAGACACCCGUGUCUCUCCGAUCUCCCGUGAUCUCCACUUUCUGGUGCUUCUUUCCAAAACGGAAGUACUGAAGUCAUGAUGGUCCCUACCCAAGCCUUCUGAAGCCAAAGAGAGUAGGAAAACCCUGGCAGUAUUCUUCUGCUCCGCACACACGCCAGAGCACAUCAGGAAAAGGUAGAUUCAGUGUUUGAAUAAGUGAUAUUCUGUAUCAUUAAUACAUUGUGAAAACACAUUAUGAAUAAAUAACCAUGACCACA